AGCAAGGAAUUUCUUUAGAAGAUAUGCAAAAAGCAAUUCAAAAUGCAUUGGCACAACAAAAAACUGAAAACCAGGCAUUAGUAAAGAAAGUUACAGAAUUACAAUCACAAAUGACUCAGCAAACACAAGUACCUGCUUCACAAACUGUUGAACCGGUUAGACAGCCGAAAGGUCCACCAUCUUCAUUACAGACUGAAGAAGGUCUUAAGAAUUAUUAUGUAUCAGAAUACUUAAAAGAAAUAGGUGUACUUAAUAAGGCUGAACUAGAUGCAGAUUAUCCUGUAAAACCUUUUCAAAGACCUCGUCAACAGCGAAACAAUAACUCUGCUAGAAUUGAUAGAAUGGAGGAAGGGCUUGAGGAAACUCGGAAUAAUGUAAAUCAGUUAGCUGAUCUAUUUCAGAAACAAGCUUACAUACGAAAAUGUGGAAUUUGUGGGGAAACGGGCCAUAGCAAAGGAAGUUGUCCAAAAAGACCGAUAGCUCAAUCUAAUUUCACUCGGUCAUAUUUUACACCUCUUAAACCAAUAGUUCCUCCUGAUUCAGAUGGUGAGAAAAAUGAUGGGGAUGGCUAUGAUGAAGAAAAUAAUAUGUGGACUGGGUAUGAUCCACCGGUAAAAAAAAACAGAAUCUAGCCAACCUGAAACAUAUGAUCAGCUAUUGUCUAAGCUCUCACCAC